AUGCUGAAGACGUGCUGGAGUCUGCUGGCGGCGCUGUCGGCGGUGACGUCAUUUGACGUCGUCAACGUGAGCGGCCCGCGCUGCUUCUCCUGUUCCGUCUUCACCUUCAUCAACUCCCAACUCGUCUGCGCCAACCCGGCCACCUGCGCCUCCGACUUUUGCUAUUUGUGUUCGUUUUUCAAGCGCCUUGGUCUAGUGGCUCUGGCUCUGGCUUGAGAAUUGAUAGUCGCCGGUUCGGAUCCUGUUGAGAAGAUUAAUAAUUAAUAAACUUCUCACUAGGGGGAGGGCUCAGUCUAAAACGCGAGUUUAAAAUUUUCCAGCACCAGUAGUUUUUGACUCGGAUUUAGAACUAGCACUCAAAAAAUUUCAAUAAAAGCUUCGAAAAAAGUCAUAACGGCUGAAAAAAAAUUGAUAAUUUCGAUCGAGCUCUUUUGGCUCUUUCAAAAAAUCGAUGUUAACUUUAUUUCAUCUUGAUAAAUUUUUCACAUACCUCUGUGUCCCUCUUCAUUUUGAGAUUUGUAAUCAGGGGGAAAAUUCACAUAUAACAGUCGUACGUUUAUUGAGAAGCCUUACUGGGAGUCCAGACCAUCAAAAAGGCGAUAAAAACGUCUUGUCAGUUUCGUUACCGAUUUUUUCAGACCUGGUGUCCGACGGAAGAUCCAUGUUUCUCUCAGGUUGUGCUGAGGACGUCUCGGACUUUCCGAUCAGGUUCUCUAUGAACUUGAUCAACUUAAUAAAACUAUUUGACUAUGACAGACACACGAAGGAGCGAGUAAUCUGCCAGACGCGUGGACCCGUCGGCCUGUGCAUCUGUCGCAGCGGCGAUUGUGGCGACGUCGCCUCGUCGACCUCGGCAAAUCUCUCCCAAGUCGCCUGGCACGACAACGACGCCGCCACGAUGAACGCCAUCUCUCAUGUGAGUUUUUUUAAACACAUCAUAUAUUUUAUUCAGUCAUCACAAGGGAAGUGUGUAAGGUGAAUUUUGCAGACCUAGUCCAAGAUUCAGUGGUUGGUAGUCUAGUCCUCAAAAUCAAACGCUGAGCCGUUUGAACUUUUUUAUUACAAACUUCUGUUUUGAAAAGUAACAUUCAAAAUGUUUGAAAAUUAUCAUAACAAAUUUUUAAACGGUUAACCGAUUGGAAUUUCAACUCAAAAAUUUUUUCAACUGUUGACCGGAAUUUCAACGGUAAUUUGUUUUCUCAACGGUUGACUGGUGAAAAAAAAACCUCAAAGCUUUUUUUUAAACGUUUGAAACAGUUGAACGGUUGAAAAUCAACUGUUGAGCAUGUCUGAAACUUGGUAGAAUGUCGAAAAAAUAUUGAACAAAAGUCGUUUCAACCUUGCGGGUCGGGUCGCCACGGGCGACACGACACAGUAGCUUUUCUGUCGCUUUGUACGGCUCACGUUCACAGAAAAUCAUAUCCAACUAUAUUUCGAUAUUUCAUCUCAAAAUCUUUUCAGCGUGUGACGGGUUUCUCGGCGGACUACGCUCGCAACCGCGUCGGACAAAUGCGCGUUGAAGAAUUCCCCGAAACGUUUCCCGGAGUUCCCAUUUCCCAAGCUGUUCCUCGAUCUUCACUUUGUUCUUUGCUUUUUCUUCUUGCCGUUCACUUGAUCUUAUAACUCUCUUUCAGAUUCUUUCAGUUUCGAUACUUCGAUCUACGGGUCCUUUUUUCUCGAAUUUUAAUAGAUUAUGAUCAUUUUACGAGUUAUAUUUUGUUCGCGACAGUUUUCUGGGAGAUUUAAAGGAGCAUAGUCAAUUUUCGUGGUGGUUUGAAGCGAAGAACCGUUUAGUGUGUAGCUUCAGGUUCACUAAUGCCGUGUUCAAAGUAAUUUCCGCGAAAUGCAAAAUGAUCUCUGACUCUCCAAAAUUUAGUAAUAUUUUUCUUUCUCUGGCGCAAUUUUGGAUUUCGCGAAAUCACUUUGAACACGGCAUAAAUAACCUAAUUUUGAAUGAAAAAGAAAACUGCUGUGAUAAAAAAAAACCUUUUUUUAUUAAAUUUUUUCGUCGAAUAAAGGAUUUGAAUUAUUUUUCGUGGAGGAAUGAAAUCCUGAUGAAAUCGGGGAGGAGAAUACUUAUAAGCUGCUUCCUAAAAGCAGGCUCCUGAAAAUUUUUAAAAUUUUUGUAGUUACAACUUUUUCACCAUUCAAGAAAAGGAAACGUGAGCUCAACGGCGUACAUUUUGCUUGGGAGCGCUAGAAAUGGCCUUCCAAAGAGGUAAGAGGAAUAAACGAACCCCAUAGGACGAAAAUCCCUUAAAAUUUAGGUGAUCCCUAAAGCUUCAGUGGUCCCUAUGGGGGACUCAGUUUUUUUAAUCCAGAUUUGAAAGUUAAAAAGGCUUAUUUAGUCAUACUUGACUGAUUAAUCUCCUCUUGAUAUUUUUGUAGAAGCUUUUCACAGACUGAAAACCUAGAGUGGCUACUUUUGGAUGUUUAAGUGAUCCUUAAAGGGCAGCCCAAAGCGCUCCUGAAGUUUCCCCUCUAGUGAUCACUCUGGCGCUCCUAGCUAGGUUUUGAAAUCAUCUUUUUAUUAAAAAAAAAGAACUUUCAGCUUUUCUUUUGGAAGAAAAAUGAAGUUCAGGCCAGCCAAAAACGGCAUCAUGACGGCUACUUGAAAGUUGCUCUAUUUGGGUCGAAACUGGCCACCGGUUAUUGUCGGAGGGCUCACUAAUGUUGAGCAAACAAGUCGACAAAAAGGUUCAAAUGUCGCGUUUUGAUUUUUGAAACGACAAGUUUGGAGGGAGACAUGGGAGGUCGGGACAAACACGACACGAAAAACGGCUGCCGGCGAUUCGGAGUGUUGGCAUUGGUUCUGGAGGAUGACCUCCUCCAACGACGACGACGCCGACGGCUGGGACCACGCUCAGCGUUUCGAGGCUUUGGUUCGUUUGUUUCUAUUGCUACUAUUAUGAUUUUUCUUUAUGAUGAUGCAAAAUGUCGUACUUGCAGAAUGCUAGUUGGAGUUGAAGAAUCCGGAGAGAAUUUCGCGAUGAAACUCGUAGUUUAAAGUUCAGGGGAAAUUUUUGUAGGAGUAACGGUUUCACGAACUUUGCAAAAGGCAAAAAUAAAGGCUAUUUGAUUUUUCCGAAAAGAAUCUUUGCACCAGUCCGUCUAGGGGUCUGAGAAUUGAUAUAAUUUUGUUCUUUUUCGGAUUCCCAGUAAAGUUCAUACUUUUUUAUACGUUUAUACGCUAUAGAGAAUAUCUGAAUCAUAAACUGCUUUCAAAACUGUAAAAAGGACAAAAAAUGAACUUUUUUUUUCAAGAAGAUCAGACCCAUUCAUGUCUAAUUAUAUGAACGGAAACAUUUUUGAAGUUUUAAAAAUUGAAUAAGGAAAUUUUUCGCUUACUCACAAAAGGUUUAAUUUUUGAAUUUAUCGAAUUUGGUUGAAUUUCUCAGCAAAAAAGAGAAAGAUCAAUCUCUAAAUAUGCAAGUGAAGAACCCAUGCGUGCGGGAGAUGGGGCUGGCUCACAGAAAGUUUAAAAGUAAAGCACAAAAAUAAGUUCUAAGCUCGGGGAGGUAGCAUUUCCAGAAAAAAAGAGUUUAACAUGAGGUAGUACCGACUUGAAUUUAUUUAAACUCGGGAGGAUAUUUCGGCUUAAAAAAAGGUCUGCCCAUUUAUGAGUUAGUUCGAGUUUGAGACGGUUUAUAAAUUCCACUGGACCUCGUCUUUUUCCAGAACAACUACGAACUGCUCGGGUUCGACUCCUCGCGCGGCAGUACGGCCGAACCCAAGGCAAGUUCUUUCCGGCCUUCUUUAAAACAAUGGAACGGAGACUGUCCCCCGAGGACAAACAGCAAUGCACAAAAACCGUUUUACCACGUUAAUCGGGGGCCUAAUUUCGGGCGUCCGACAGGUGUACAACACGAAGCGUUUUCCCUUCCACCAGUCCUGCUCAUUUCUAUGCUGUCGAACGUCUUUUCCCAACUUUAG